UAGUUGUAUAAGUUUAAAGAAUUCAAAUUUUGCGGUUACUACCGAUCAUGCAUUUAUUUAUUUAUUUAAAACGUUUAGCAGCCAUGUUGUGCGACAUUCGUUUGUUUGUAUACAAGUUUUUAUAAUAUUAGUUACCGAAAUCGCUAAACUUUUGCUACUAUGAGCACACGUCUGUUUUAUCUAAUGUGCGUGUUUAUUACAUGUUCCAUGCCGAAUCGCCUUCGGUAUGCCUCUGAAAGAAUUCUUAAAACAUUUGUUGAAAACACCAGUCAGUUGCUUUUCUACUGUCGUCGCGACUCUCAUAUCGUGUGCUAAAGGAAAAACGUACAAGCCGAAUAAAAUUAAAUAUAUACCGUGUUAUUUACCUAUGCACUCUUAGGUACAUAUAGUUGCUGAGUUCCGAAAACAAACAAUGCGCUUAUCGGCAGUGAAUAGUCGAUAAGAAGAACAAUAAAGCAACGAGCUAAAUAUUUGAACUAAAAUCUGACUACUUUAGCGGCCUAAUAAAUUCGCUCCUGGCAACAAGCGGUGCUGUGGAUGAACUAAAAUCUCUCAGACCCAGAUUUAGAAACCAGCAAGCAUGCCUAUCAAAGAGGUCUUACAGCGCUGUCAGCCCAUACCGCUCUACGUGGUACUGAUCCUAUCCGUGUGCUACUUUGUGCUCCAACUGGUCCUCAGCCAUUUGACGCAUGCAUUGACACUCCUCAUGGCUUCCUAUCAUAUGUUGUGCAAUAUCUUGGCACUGGCCGGUUGCAUUGUAACUAUUAAGCACAGCAAACGGAAUGAGACGGAAACACCAACACCUAAAGCCCCGCCUAUCAUGGGUAAUGGCACUACGGAUGAAAAGAUAGCCGUGGUGCUCACGCUGAGCGAGACUGAGGAGCAGCAGUUGGCCAAGCGUGAGUCGCGGGAGCAAAAGCUGCGCAAUACCUUUGGCUGGGCACGCAUCGAUAUACUCACCAUGCUCAUUGUGUUCAUCAUAUUGGCCUCGCUGUCCUUCUCGCUUAUUGUGGAGGCGCUGCAGACGCUGGUGCACAUUGAUCAUCAGGAUACGAUGCACUUGCCCAUUCAGGUUAUGAUGCUGGGCUGUGUGGGUCUUGUAUUGAAUGGCCUCACCUACUUGCUGAUAGGUGGCUACACAUUGCAUCAGGGCAGCUUUCUGCACUUGACGCCAGGUGGCGACGUUGUGCUGGAGCGUUCCAUCUCCAGUCAUUCCGAUUUGGCAUUGAAGCCCAUGCAGCGCACACUGAGCAAGUCGCGCAAUGAUCGUCAGCUGCGCCAGGAUCUGGAGGCGGAGGUGGGCAACAUUUACUUCACGACCAAGCGACAGGGCGCUGUGGAGAUGCUGCGCGAUGUGUCCAGCACGCUGUUUGUCAUCGUCUGUGCGGCCAUUGUCUAUGUGGCCGAAGAUGAGGAGCAUACGGCCAAGUUUAUUGAUCCAGUUUUGUCCAUAUUCUCUUGUGUGCUAUUGGUCUCACUGAGUUAUCCAUACAUGAAAGAAUCUUGCCUUAUUCUGCUGCAAACGAUACCCGGCUCCAUUGACCUGGAGAUCUUUGAGAAGACGCUGGUUAACAAAUUUCCGGAGAUUGUAAGCUAUCACGAUCUGCACAUUUGGCAGCUGGCCGCGCACAGCUAUGUGGCCACCAUACACAUCCAGUUCCAGAACCCCAAGCUCUAUCUGAAGAUUAUCGAGCAAGUGCGUGCCUAUUUUCAUGAGCAGGGCAUUACGGCGGUGACCAUACAGCCCGAAUUCUAUCCAGCAACCAAUAAGAAUGCCUCCGCAUCGUUGGAAUGCCUGAUGCAGUGUCAGGCAGCCGAGUGCAUUGAGAAAGUUUGCUGCCGCGAUUCACGCAGCGACUUGCGGGAGGUUAGCGGCAGUCCGGAUGGUAGCAAAACAAUCUCUAGCCCGUCCACGACCAAGUCCUGCGCAGAGCUGAGCACCGUUACUGUGGAAAAACCCAAGGAGUUGAGCGUAUCGCAGCUUUUAAAGGGUCAACAAGAGGAACAGAAGGUGCAGGAGGAGGAUUCGACGCAGUCGCCGUUGCCCUCGUCUCCAUCGAGCAUAUCCCUGCCGGCUGAGGCGACAACCACGGACAACAAAUGCUGUUGAUCGUCCAUUAGCUUUUAGUCAUUGUAUUAGUCCAGCGAUUUUACGAUUUUAGUUAGAGUUUAAGCUUAUUUUAACGACUGCUACUGCAGCUAUGCUAUACGCUCAGGCUGAUAACUAAAGAUUUGCAUUUGUUAUCGAAGUCUUUAGAACCAAAGAUCUGCAUGUGCGGGUGUUAAGUUGGCCUCUAUCAUUCGAUAUAUAGCAUAAUUUCAGUAUUUGCCAUAUAAUUUGACUAACUAACAUUUUAACGUAAGACGCUUAACUAGUUUUAGCAAGUUAAUAGUUAGCUUAUAAGUCUUAUUUGUAUAAUAAGAUAUAGUUAAGCAAAUAAAUGUUGCGUUUAGGUCGAUUUAUUAUAUACACAUUUAAAUUUAACAUUUGCUAAAUAUUUAUAAAAAUAAUAUUUCUAGAUUGGUUUAAGUGUUUUGAACGCAUCUGCGUCAACAAGUUAGUCAUUUUUACAUAUAAAUUAAUUGUAUACACACAACACAAUGGAACGAGGUCCACAAACUAUAUACACACAUAUAAACA